UGGACGAUUCGCCUAAAGCGCCGAUUCCAUCGACAGACGCGUGGAGACUGACAUGGGAAUGCUGGUCCUAGUCUUUCUGAGGCUGGCUGCAUUUGAUAAGGCAGUGAAGUGUAGCUGACCGCUCAGAAUCCUUACAAUGCUGCAGUAUCCAGGCACGGCAGAAGGUUGGAGAGAUGUCACCUGUGGAGGAUGAUGUUGGUGAGCAAAAGCAACACUAUCAAUGAUUGGUGUUGAAUGCCAGGUCGUCUGGUGCAUGAAGAGAUGAUGCUUACACCUACCCCUGAAAUCGGAAUUGUGAAGCGAGUAUAUACAGACCAGCCUGCGUACGGUCUAGUGUGUCCAUGUCCAUGUCGCUCCACGUGCCGCUUCACGCUAGUUUUAAGCAGAGACUCGCCGCUGCCUGGGCCCGUGCACGUCCCGACGUCCCGACGCGCGCCAAGAUGGAUCGAUCCCCUUGCUCUCGCCACCACAUCCGACAGGUUCCAAUGUUCACCGACAAUCAACAUGCUAAUCAAGCUCGCUUGGGAUACACCAACUCUCGAUGCCAAAUUGCCCAUUGCCUUUUCUUCGCCGGUGACCCCUACGCGCGAUAUGGCUAAUUGUCAGCCUCUAAGACUUGUCGCGGUAGUCCGUCCAUGACUUCAAAUAUCCUAGGAUGGACUUCUGCAUGCAUAAGCCAAUGGGUGAUCUCUUUCGCUUGCAUUCCAACAGUCCUAGAGCAAAUCAGAAAUCCAAGGCUGAGCUAUCUUUAGAACCAGACGCCA